AUGACUUCCGGAAAGAAAGACAAGUCGGCUGUCGCCACAGAUUUCCUCCAUACUCCUUUUAUGCGCGCCGCGCUCCCAUUCAUCAAUGGCGGCAUUAGCGGCAUGGUUGCCACCAUUUGCGUGCAGCCCAUCGAUAUGGUAAAGGUUCGUAUCCAGCUCGCUGGCGAAGGAGUUGCUGGAGGCCCGAAGCCCAGCCCCUUGUCCGUCACGAGAGACAUUAUCUCGAGCGGCAGAGCUCUCGAUUUGUACACUGGUCUUUCUGCUGGCCUCCUACGACAAGCCGUGUACACGACAGCACGACUUGGAUUCUUCGACACCUUCAUGGGUGGAAUGAGCAAGAGGGCGAAGGAACAAGGACGUGAAAUUGGAUUCUCCGAGCGAGCCACCGCUGGCUUGGUAGCGGGUGGCCUGGCGGCGAUGAUAGGAAACCCCGCCGACUUGGCCCUGAUUCGCAUGCAAAGCGAUGGACUCAAGCCUGCGGCUGAGCGCAAGAACUACACGUCCGUCUUCGACGCUCUCCGUUCCAUCUCGAAAUCAGAGGGCAUCUCGGCUCUUUGGUCAGGAGCUGCGCCGACUGUAGUGAGGGCCAUGGCGCUCAACUUUGGUCAGCUAGCCUUCUUCAGCGAGGCCAAGGCCCAACUUGAGCAGCAUACGUCACUAUCCGCCAAGAACAGGACGUUGUGCGCGAGUGCUAUCGCCGGAUUCUUUGCCAGUUUCUUCAGUCUUCCCUUUGACUUUGUCAAGACACGCCUUCAAAAGCAGCAGCGUGGCCCUAACGGACAGCUUCCCUACCGUGGCAUGCUAGACUGCUUCGCCAAGGUCGCCAAGCAGGAAGGGCCCUUGAGGUUCUAUCGCGGAUUCGGAACCUAUUAUAUCCGCAUCGCGCCACACGCUAUGAUCACCUUGAUUGUCGUCGACUACCUCGGAUUCCUAACGAAAUAA